AUGCGUUGUCAAGGAUACCAACGGACGACAUUUGCACUGCCAAGGUUUCAUUUAUCACGCACCUUCUCAUCGAAGAAACUGUCAAGCGAGAAGAGAGGAUUGGCGGGAAAUCGCAACAGGACCCUACUUCCUCUCAGUCGGGACAGGACCCAACCUCUCCUCUCAGUCCCGACAAGACUCAACCUUCUCUCUGUCCGAGAGUUGCUAACUUAUCCUCUAUGUGAAGCCAGGACCCAAACUCAUUUUUCAGUUCGGACAGGACCCGAAACCUCCUUAAAGUCCGGAAAGGACCCAAUCUCCUCUCAGUUCGGACCAGACACAACCUCCCCUCUCAAUCCCGACAGUUUGGACAGGACCCAAUAUCUUCUCUCAAUGCGGACAGAAUCCAACCUCCUCUCUGCUGAAACAGGAGCAAACUCACCUCUUACAUCUGACAGGACUUUUCAGUUCGGACAGGACACAACCUCUUCUGUCAGACUCAGCCAGGACCCAAUCCUUCCUCUCAGUUCGGGCAGAAUUCAAUAUCCACUCAAUCAGGACAUAACCCAACAUCAUCUUAGUUGGGAGAGAAUACAAGCUCCUCUCAGCACGGACAGGACCGAAAUACUCCUCUCAGAUUGGACAGGAACCUACAUCCUCUCAGUUCGAACAGAACCCAACUUCCUCUCAGCUCGGUCAUGGAUCCAACCUGUCCUUUCAUUCAUCCUGGAUAAGACGUUAAACUACAUCCGCGUCCGGGGUAGGCCAACCUCUCCUCUCAGUCCGGACAGGAAUCAACCUCUACUCUGUACGGACAUAACCCAAUCUGUUUUCCGUUCGGACAGGACCCGAACUCCUCACUGUUUGGACAGAAGCAAACUCUCCCCUAAACAAAAUCCAAAAUCUGCUCUCAAUUCGAACAGGACGCAAUCUCAUCGCAUUCCGGGCAGGACCCAACCUCUCCUCCCUAUUCGGAAAGGUCUCAACCUCUCCUAUCUGUUCGGAGAGGACCGUACCUACUCUCAGUUUGGACAGCAGACAACCUCCUCGCAGUCCGGACAGGACCCAACCUUCUCUCAGUACGAAAUAGUAUCCCACAUCCUCUCAUUCCGGCCAGGACCCACCAUCUUCUCUCAUUCUGGACAGGACCCAACCCCUUCCCAGAUCGCACAGGACCCAACCUUCGCUCAGUCAAGACAGGGCACACACUCUCCUUUCAGUUCAGACAGGACCCAACCUCCUCCUCGGCGUGCAAUAAAGUCACAAAGUGAUGACAUUAUCUAUCUAUCUAUCUAUCUAUCUAUCUAUCUAUCUAUCUAUCUAAUAUUUUCAUUAUCUAUCUAUCUAUCUAUCUAUCUAUCUAUCUAUCUAUCUAUCUAUCUAAUAUUUUCAUUAUCUAUUUUAAUAUUUUCAUAUCUAUCUAUCUAUCUAUCUAUCUAUCUAAAGCUUUCUCAGAACAACAAUUCGACGAGAAUAUUGACGGAGGUUUUCAAUUCUCUCGCUCAUUACCUUGUGCAGUUGAGUCUUAAAUGGUCAGCAUCUAAUCACCAUUUCCUUUCUUCUCUCAAAGAUAUUUACACACAGUCAAUAAAGCCAGCCAAUAUUUUCUCGCCUUCUCUCUCGUUUUCCUUGAUCGAUUGA